AUGCAGCUUCUCGAGGAAACAGCACAAGGUGUUGGUUUCGAUAUCUGGAAGGAGACAUUCACACCCCCUGGCGACACGCAAAGCUACAUCAUUGGGAAGAUUUUGACAACCAAGGACGGAUUUAAGCCUCACUUCCUCAAAGGGCUUUUGCUUGAACUUCUCAUCCUUCACCUUCGGAACAUCCGAGAUCUCACCAUCGAACUCCCCGCCAUAUCGCUGAUGGCGAUUACCCAUGUUUUGCGUCGCGUCCAAGAGCUGAGGGCAAGCGGAGACGAAAAUCGUCCAAUUCUCCAUCUGCAUUCCGUUACCAUCUCAUGCUCUUGGCACUUUGAUUAUCAACUACCUGGAGACUUCGAGGAGCUAUUCUCUAUGCGAACACAAGCGUCGGUGUACUUCCGCGACUGCCAGCUAAAUGCCCCUCUCGCCUGGUCCUCUAACAUCACCUCCCUGGCACUAAGGGAGUUGAGGGGCAUCGACACGUCGACUCUCACAGAUCUCAUUUCCAGCAGCACGUCUCUCACAAGAUUCAUCUACACCCACGACGUGGAGGACAUGCCAGAUAUACCAAGUCCAGGUGCAAUCCUUCAGGCGUUGAAGAAGCACUGUUCAAGCCUUCAGAUACUCUGUUUGAGCUUCGUUUACGACGGGGAUCAACUCGACCUUCUUCCUCCCCCGUACAUCGACUCCGACGACUUUCAGUGUCUCCAAGGCCUUUGGAUCAACUGUGCUUGCUUCGGCGACUACAUACAAAGCAGUGUGCUUCGGACUAUUCCCUCAUCUUUGGAAAAACUACACUUGGCCGGAGACGCGAGCGUUAUUGCGGAUGACCUGGAGUGGUGGGCUAAGUCACUGACCGGCGAGAGCGAUGAGGAGGACAUUGACCCUCUCGCCGGCUUGUGUUUUUCUUCGGAUGACGAGAGUCAAAAUGGUGGCUCCCAGGAUGGUAAGGGCGACUCUCGCGACCAAGCUGAAGAUGACUUGGAUAUAGAAGAGGACCUGUUGGAGCAGGAAGAAGAUAACGUGGAUGAGGGCGAGGUGGGCGAAGUGAGCGAGGAUGAAGAGAGCGAAGACGAUGAAGACGAUGAAGACGAUGACGGCGACGAUGAAGAUGAAGACGACGAGGACGACGUGAAAGACUACGAAGUGGACGACUAUGGUGAUUACGAGCACGAUGAGACCGAGUUUGAAGAAGAUGAGUACGGACAGGAUAAGAACGAUUUGGAAAAUUACGGAGAGAAUGUGUGCAAGGAGGAGUUGUGCGAAGAGGACGACUAUACAGCGGACGAGUACGAGUACGAAGUGGAGGAAGAGAGCGAGCGCAACAACAAGCAGAAUACAGACCAGCAGGACGAGCAUCGGCACAACGAAAACGACCAGAACGACAGCAACCAGAACAAAAACAACCAGAACGACGAAAACCAGGAGGACAGCCAGCAAGACGAAGAUGAGACUGAAGCGGAUACAAACGGGAAGAAUAAGGGCCAAGGUGACGACCAUAAGAAACGCCCCACCCGCUUCUACAUACCGGAAGAGCUGGCUUAUGACGAGGAGAUCAAUGACAUCUCAAUCCCCUCUAAGGUGUGA